GGUCUGCCUUCGCUGGCCUACACACUAUCAGUGUCCAGAGCGGCGACCCAACGCGACAUGGAACAGCAGCACCAAUGCGUGUGCUGCCCUGAAGCAGUACUCCGGGUGCUCACAACCAUGCUGCACUUCCAGAUGCUCAAGUCGCCCGCUUUCAUGCUGCUGCUCGUGAGCGGCUACCUUUCCUUGAUGGGCAUAUUGAUCGUGUUCACCUACGCCGCCCAAUUCGCGAUGCGGAAGGGCCUGGACCCGAACUCAGCCAAGCUUGUACUGUCCAUCAUUGGGAUUUCGAACACGCUUGGACGAGCCGCAUGUGGAGCAAUUUCGUGCUUGCCGCAACUGGACAUGAACAUUGUCAGCUGGGUGACGAUUCUCUUGAGCGGAGUGUCCCUCAUCGUUGCGGCUUUUGCCUACUCGAAGAUGCUGUACGUGAUCGCUUGCGCUCUUUUCGGAUUCAACUUGGCGUCGUUCACUGUGCUAAGGGCGCUCGUCUUCGUCGAGCUGUUCGGCCUGGAGAACUUGACGAACUGUUUCGGCCUGAACAUGCUUUUCCAGUCGCUGUCGGCCUUCUCCAGCACGCCCCUGGCCAAUGUAAUUUUGCUGUAUACAGGAGGAUUUCAAGCGGUGUUUCUGUUCACUGGCAGCGCCCUUUUGCUCAGCGGCGCACUUUUGAUCCCGCUCAAGCCGGUACUGAAGUGGGAGCGGCGCAACAUGAACGUCACUUUCUCUUAGGUCACGACUUGGUGGAUUAGGACUUAGUGGAAGUUAACACCUUUAUUUGCAGCACAUAAAUACAUUUACAUCCAAACGAGGCUCUUACUUUCUACAUCAGUCUUGGCACUGAAGGGUGGAUCCGACGAAUCGGGUCUUCUUCUCACUAAAGGCCCAUCUAUAAACUGGACGUUGUCGCAGAAAAAAUGGAAUUAUCAAAAGAGAUAGACUUUCGAGGCCAUUUCUUGAAACUAGUAGGGUUUCGGGUUUUUUAGGCCGUGGUAAAAUGGGAUUUCUUCCUGACGUUUCGCAAGCACAACUGGCUUGCAGCUUCAGCGGUGGUUUACUUGAACGCUUACACUAUUCUGAUGAGUUAUUCGUCUUUGCUUUACGUUUUGCUACUUUGUUCAAACAA